AUGUUUAUAUAUUUAAUAAUAAUACUACGAAAUAUUAUGACUGUUGUUACAGGUCGUAAACCAUCCCGUUAUGUACCUAUUGCUACAGAUGGUGGUUGGGGAUAUGUUGUUGUAUUUGGAUCUUUUUUAAUUCACGUUAUUGCUGAUGGAAUUGUUUAUGCUUUCGGAGUUAUGGCUACAGCUCUUAUGCAUUAUUUUAACGAAACUAAUGCACGUGUAUCUAUUAUUGUAUCACUUUUGGUUGGUUUAACAUUAGCUUCAGGACCAAUUGCUAGUGCAAUUACAAAUAAAGUUGGUUGUAGAAUAACAACAAUUACUGGAGCUAUUAUAGCUACUUUAGGUCUUUUUGCUGCAUCAUUGUCAACAUCUCUUGAAAUGGUUAUGAUUACAGCUGGUGCUGUAUGUGGAAUUGGAUUUGGUUUGAUAUAUUGUCCUGCUAUUGUUAUUGUAACAAUGUAUUUUGAGAAAUAUCGUGCAUUAGCAACUGGUAUUGCUGUAUGUGGUGCAGGUGUUGGUACUGCUGUUAUUUCUCCACUUCAAGAAUACCUUAUUCAACAUUAUUCAUGGCAAUUUUGUAUGCGUGUAAAUGCUGGACUAGCAUUAAUAUGUAUUAUUGCUGGUUUAACUUUUGCUCCAUUAGAAUUUAGAGAAGUAUAUGAUGAUGAAGAGGAUGAUGAAACAACAACAGAAAAUCAAAUUGAAAAUAUUAAUGAAGAAAUAAGUGAUAAAGAAAUUAUGAAAAAUAAUUCAGAGAAAAAAUCACUUCUUGAUGUUAAUAAUAUUCGUCCAGCAAUCUCCCAUCAAGAUCUUUCUGAGACAACUAAAACUAGUAAUUUAAAAAAAGCAACUAGUCAUGCAGAUAGUCUUCAUAAAACAAGAAGUAAUACUGUUACUGAUGCUACUGGAUAUUUAAAUGUUAAAGAUUCAUUCUAUCAAGGAAGUAUUACAAAUCUUCAAGAAUAUAAAGAAAAUCGUGAUAAAUUUAGAAGUGUCACAUCAUUACAAAGUAGGAAAAGUGUACAUGCUCCUCAUGAUAUGAAAAAAACAAUUAAUGAAGAGGAUGAAAAACAAUUAGUUUCACAAAGUACUGAAGAUGGUAAUGAUGGUAAUACUCUUAUGGAUACUAUUAAAGCAUUAACAGAUUUUGGUUUAUUAAAAGAUCCAAUAUUUAUGCUUUUUGCUCUUUCAAACUUUUUGACAUCAGUUGGUUUUAAUGCUCCAAUGGCAUUCCUUCCAUCACAUGGAGAAAAAUUAGGAUUAGCCAAGGAAGAGGCAUCUCUUAUUAUGUCUGCUUGGGGAAUUUGUAAUACAAUUGGGCGUAUUCUUUUUGGAAUUAUUUCUGAUCGUAAAUUACCAUUUAGUUUUGGUAAAGAUCUUCCAAGAAAUAGAUUAUGGAUAUAUAAUAUUUCUCUUAUUAUUAAUGGAUUGGUUACAGCAUGUUGUUUCUUUUUUACAUCAUUUUAUGGUAUUGUUACAUUUGGAGGUUUCAUUGGAUUAACUAUAUCAUCAUAUGUAUGUCUCACCUCUGUAAUUCUUGUUGACUUGUUAGGAGUUGAUAAACUUACAAAUGCUUUUGGUUUAUUAUUACUGUUUCAAGGAAUAGCAACAUUUGCUGGACCACCAAUAGCUGGUAUAUUAGCUGAUAUGACACAAUCUUAUAUCAUAUCAUUUAUUAUGUGUGGAGUUUGUGUUGCUGUAUCUGGAGCUAUGCUUUUUGCCAUCCCAUCACUUCAACGUAAAUUGAAUAGAGUGCCUAAAGACUCAUCUGAUAGUUAA